AUGAGCCGGCAAUCCCAUUUCGGGGUACUUAUCCUGCGCCUGUUUCCCGGCCCUCUUUCUUUCAGAAGUUCCCUGCUGGGGAAAGUGUUAAGGAUCGACGUGAACAGGGCAGGCUCAGACGGCAAGCGGUACCGAGUGCCCCCGGACAAUCCGUUUGUGGCUGAACCAGGGGCCCAUCCUGCGGUCUAUGCCUAUGGGGUCAGAAACAUGUGGCGCUGUGCCGUGGACCGAGGGGACCCUGUCACGCGCCGGGGCCGAGGCCGGAUAUUCUGUGGGGACGUGGGACAAAAUAGGUUUGAAGAAGUCGACAUCAUUGUGAAAGGCGGGAACUAUGGCUGGAGGGCCAAGGAAGGGUUUGAAUGUUACGACAGAAAGCUUUGUCACAAUGCCUCUUUGGGUGACAUUCUGCCAAUCUAUGCUUAUGGCCAUGCAGUGGGGAAGUCAGUCACUGGAGGAUAUGUCUACCGUGGGUGUGAAUCCCCAAAUCUCAAUGGCCUCUACAUCUUUGGGGACUUCAUGAGUGGUCGACUUAUGGCUUUGCAGGAAGAUAGAAAAACCAAGAAAUGGAAGAAACGGGACAUUUGCCUGGGCAACGCUGCGUUCUGUGCCUUCCCAGGGCUGAUCAGCACCUACAGCAAAUUUAUCAUCUCUUUUGCUGAAGAUGAAGCAGGGGAGCUCUAUUUCCUGGCCACUGCCUACCCCAGCGCCUAUGCACCACAUGGAUCAAUUUACAAAUUUGUUGACCCAUCAAGGCGAGCACCCCCCGGCAAGUGCAAGUACAAGCCAGUGCCGGUGAAAACCAAGAGCAAGCGGGUCCAGUUCAGGCCGCUCGCCCAGACAGUUUUGGACUUGCUGAAGAAGCAGUCGGAGAAAGCUGCUAGAAAAUUAUCCAGUGCAACUUUAGCCUCCAGCCCCGACCGGACCUCAUCUCAGAAAGGCCCCUCCAAGAAGCCAGCUUUUCCCACAAGCAGCAGGAAGGCAUUUCAAAGGCCUGGUGUGAAGAAGAGAGCCAGAGUGUUGUCCCCAGGCCUCCAGGGCAAGAGGAAGCUGAGCCCGAAACCCCCCAGGGGCAGGGACCGGCAGUCAGCACAGCCGAGGAAUUUUGCUCUCUGAAGGGAUGGAUGCUCGUUCUCUGCUUCCGUGGAGACACCAGAGCCCAUGUGGCCAGGGCCCCGGCUAACCUUGUGCGGUGGUAAGCCUUGGAAUCCCACUGCGCAUCUCUCUUGUUUCAUAAGUGCCUCCAACCUAAGGUAAUAAAUCAGUACUUGCUCAAUCAGGCCUGUACCCUUUGAA